GCCGCUAGCAGACGACGCUCCGCGCUCGGUGCCUUUGCUUGCGUGUGUUGUGCUGCGCUAUUCCUGUGGGACGGCGGCGGCUUAAAACCCGGACGUUGUGGGAAAUUCAUCACCUUUAAGCUCGCCGCUGAAGAAGAAGAAGAAAAACGCUCUUAACUACUCCCGUUUUAGUUCCAGACGGAGUUCCGGAGGACGUCUGCACACGUUUAGAAUCCCGGAACUACAGUUCCUCAGUGAGGAGUGAGUUCGUCUCGGAAGAGCCGGGAAUCUCGUCGUCGAGUGUGAUGAACUGUGCAUAUUUUGUGCUGUGAUGACAGGAGUUGUGCUCGGCCAUCGAAGUGCGAGGAUUUGACGGCGAAGUGUUGGUUUUGUUAGCCGAACUCGGCGAAGGCCACCGUUUGGAUACCUGGCAGGCAUCCGGAGGAACCUUGACUUGAGGAUGAAGCGGAAAGGAGUGACGCACUGACUGGCGCGGCGGUACCCACUAUUUAAAACAGGCGACCUCCUGUUGCUUGUGAGCACGAGCUGAUGAGUCGGUGACCACCCGCAAUGGAGCGGCGAAUCCCCCAUGUCCGGGACGUGUUCAACGACAUGCGGUCCUACGACUACUCGCCCCGAUCGAGGCGCAAGGAGUCCGACAGCCCGCUGGCCGCGCCGCGGCAUCACGCGCCAAACAACAACCAGCACCAGCAGCAGCAGCAGUCCAAUCAGAACCGACACCCCGACAAGACGACCGGCGUCACCCCUGGCGGCGGCGCGGGCACUCAGCAGACGAACGCUCUGACGGAGCGCGACUUCCGGCACCUGGAGCGCCACCUGUCGAUGAAGAAGACCAUACGGAAGCAGAUCAGCCGCAACUUGGCUCAGGCUUUCGUCGAGGACCCCAAGGUGCUAUGCAACAAUGCCGUCAACAACAACCACAGCCGGCAGCCGCCCGCGCAGCAGCCGCAGGUCAUCACGCUCACCAGGGCCAAGAUCGCGCGCUCGGACCAGACCUUCCUGGACAUGUUGAAGGAGCCCAGCAACAAGCCUGUCGAGGACAACAACAACGCCGGUCGCACCGUGACCGAGUCCUGCUCGUCCAACCAGCAGUCCUUCUGGAAAUUCCUCGGCAUCAAGGGCAAGGGCAAGCGAUGAACAAGCUGCAAUGCUUCACUGGCCAAGCCAGGUCGUGACCAGGUGGCGUGGAGACGAACCAAUUGGCCAUUCUCUGCGAUCGUCGGUUUUCUUGUUUAGAAUUUUUAAGGCUUCCAGUAUGAGUGCUUUGAUACGUGAAUGUUAUUAUCUCUGCCCUAUCCUACUUUGAAAGAAAAUGUGCAGUGAAUGUUCUUUUUUUUUCUUCCUUUUCUGGAGGACGUGACUGGCGCACACGCCUUCGCGCUUGUUUGUCAAAGAUCAUACGCGGGACGAUUGCAAGACAAAGGCCUUUGAGGUCUUCGCGAGCAGGUCAGCUGAGCAGGUCGCCGCCAUGGUGUUCGAACAAGGACACGCCUGUGAGGAAACACAGUUUCGCUCGCGACGUUUCUGAGAGGUUUGUGGUAGAACGGCUAGUCCUUUAGGGUGUUGAGAAGACGUGGACGGUGUGCGCCUUAUGCGUGAGAGGCGGUACGACGUGAACUUUUCUCCAGCGACGCUCGGACUGGAUCAGUUCGACAGGCGUGUCAUUUCGUUCGGCCCGUGGUGAGUUCGAGGCCGGCCCGACACCCGUGCAACUGAGUUCGUGUGAACCCAUCGGCACGCCUUGGGACAGUGUUGCGACACCAAGCGGCCCUACGCCCUGCACCGAAUCGACAACGUUCCGUCCAUCUCGCCGUCUUCGACGCGUCACAAGGACCUCGGUGCGCGACGUGCUUGCAAGCCCUGGUGGCGGAUCCCUGUCACAGGUGCAUUACGCAACAUCUUGGCGCGUUUGGUUAUCUUAGACAAUCGUUUCUUCGUUCUUUGGCUGUCUGCUUCGAGUGAUUUCGUCGGCGUACUUGUUUGGAUCUGUGCGUUUUUUUUUUUCUGUCACUAACUGACGCUCCUUUCGUGGCAUCCAAUACGAGCCUUCGUGUGGACAAUUACGUGAAUGCUAUCAUACAAAUCCUUGGCGUUGAGCGCUGGCGUUUGGACAUUUGUAACGCCAAGUCCGCAUGUUGAAUGGUGACUUGAGCCAUUGCCUAUGAGUGCAGUGUCGGUUGCACUAGAUUGCGGAGAGGACUGUCGUGUGCAUAUAGCACCGUGCUAGUGCCGCAAGAGCGUGCGUUUUGGCAGGUGUUGCUCUCGUUGGCUGUCCGAUUUUGAAAGUGUGGCUCGCACGGACUCCCAAUCGGAGGAGAAGUGCCCUUUUAUUGCAUUUUUGCUAGCACAUGUACCACGACCAGGGUGGUCAUUUCCAGCCCGUGCAUCUUUAGAAGUGAAGGACAUCGUUAGUACCGUGUCUUUCGUGGCAGAGGCCUCAGUCUUGUGUUGAGGCCUUCCUUUUUACGCCGGAAAGGCGGCCGCAUUCCUUAUAGUAGUAGUGAAACGUGUAAAUUGCAGGUUACUGUUUCGUUGUGUUUUGCUAUAGCGUGUGUACUGCUUGGUAUUUUUGUUUACUACUUGAGGGCGCCCCUAUGCUGUACGCCAGUCAUCCUACUUGAUUAGGGCUGUCUCGGCAACUCACAACAUUGCGACCGUUCUUUUUUUUUUUUUUUUUUCACUUUGUCACUGAAGACAUCGCUGUACCGUGCACUUGACUCUUGAAGCCUCGGUGAAAGUUCCGUGCUGGUUGUUUUGUGAUAUGCUUUGCAAGUUUCUUAUCGUUUUUGUAAUUAAAUAUUUGCUUCUUUGAACCUUAACGUAGGACGCAUUCUCAUCUAACGGGCAUACGUAUUUGGACAAAUGUUUGCUUUUUCAAGGGCGCUAUCACGUUUGCAGACAUUUUGUGCAUCGCAUGCUCGCGGGUCUUCUUCGAGAAAAUUUCAACAUUGAAUUGCUCGACUUCACUUUCAAACAGUUGACCAUGUGGCAACAAUUGUGAUUGGCAUCACUAGCUUUUACUUUGUCCACGUCCCUGAACGAACUCACUUUGACGGGUUCGCCAAAAGCACGUUUUAUCUUUACCUAUAUAACAGCGCGCGCCACAGUUAGUCUAAACACGCAGAACACUCCCGAGCAGCUUGCAUACUUGCUAAUCGGAACGUGCAAACUACACUGCCAUCAGUCCACAAAACACAAUACAUGUGUAAUCCGCUUAACAGAUGUUGCACAUACGAGCAGCCGUGCUGCUACUUGUCAAGUUAACGGAAUGAGUCCAUCUGCGUUGCCAGCUCUCAAUUUUAUUGUGAGAUGGCGCUUGUAUGGUUUAUGAGUAUCAAUCAAAUGUUCAUUCCUUCCGAUGUAAAGGCCCAUUUUGUACUUUUUACUUACAGCAAGCAUACUGUUGCAAAUUGUUUCCAUCGCUAGACCAGCAGGGUAAUCACAUCUUCCAUAACUCUUUCUCGUAGGUUCCCACUUCAUAGAGAUGGCAUCGAUCAUAUGAUGUUACCACAUAAGUCACUUCCGAUUUACACAUGGUCGAGUCGAUGCAGCAAACGUUGAAUUCUGUACGCUGUAUCACUGGUUUGCAGUGGGUCUUCCGGAGCACAUACAUAAUCAGGUUUAGCAAGCCUACUCAGCAGCAGUUUACUCAAAUGCAAACCUUUCCUAGCAGUGUCUAACAUUCCUAACAAUGUAGGAAAUUUGCGAAACAGAUGAACAAUUUGGACUAGAUCUCUUUCAGCACUAAUAAACUUGUUUCAUGUAAUCGGCCUUACAUGUCAAUACAGGACAUCCAGUCGCUGUCAAUAUGUUCCAGAUACAUGUACCACAGACCUCCGAUUGAAAACGAUGCAAAAAAUUGUGAGAGUGCCAAUGAGUGCACACCGCUGGUCCACUGGACAAGCCAGUCUUGCAAUUUAAGUGUCAAGUCUGCCCUUUCAAGCUGACCGAAUGAAGUGAAACGAACUGAGUGGACACAGCCGUACCUUUGAAGUAGUGAACUGAGCCACUUCUGCUGAGUACGCCUUACCUUCACACUGCGUUAUUUUUCGACCUGGUGCAAUCACAUCUACUGUGCUAUAAAGAGCAUUCUUAAGCACCUAAAGCGGUCGAAAACGAACUUUUCUGUCAGCUGGCACAGCAAACAGAUGGGUUUUGUUAGUGUUUAGAUGACAUUCAACUCUGCCUUUUUUGCUGUGCGCUAAAUUUCGAGAAGCUGCUCAGGUGGCGGCUCUGCAAUGUACAUUUUUGAUGGCACAACAAAUUAAUAGUCUCAGUUUUAUCGAACUCUGACACUUCAUUUACCUUAAUGUGUGUGGCCGAUAUUGUACCCAACUCCGAUGUCUAAUCAUGAAGGAUUAUUUCGCGGACCUUAAUUCCUGGUUGAUUAGCGCUUGAAUAUUCAUAAAGUGUUUGAAAGCUCUGUGCGGUCCAGCUUGGUGUUGCCAUAACAGCAUCAUGCAUGGACUGAAAUCGUGGCCUUGAGCAUCGUGCUCAUUUGGUCACUAGAGUUUCAGCUUUUACGCAAACGUGCUACUAUUUACUACUGGAGGCGCACACGUGACGCCAUUUGGUGACGUUGAGGUCGGCCAGAACGCACGCACAAAACUAUUACUGCAUGACGACCUAUGUUUUUCUCAGUCGCUGGUGUGAAGGCGCUGGCAACACAUGAAAGUAUAUAGCGACCUUUCUUUUCGAUAAGAGCAGCAUCGAAGACAAAGACGUUUCUGGUGCUUUGUGAUUCAACAGACUGCCACAAGAUGCCGCAUCCAUCGCUGGUGCUGCCAUCCACGUUUUCGAUGUUUCCGUAUUGCGUAAACCGCAAUGAUCUGCACUGGACAGGCUAGAACUCUCUAAUGAAGAGUUUCGCCUUGUCCGCACACGUAUUAUCGCAUACUUCACGGAAUACCAGAAACGUGGACGGCAGUAGCAACAUCGGUAGCGCCACCUUGCGCCACCAGCCAGUAGAAUAUGGUUGGUCACUAAUAAAAGCUUUGUCAACAUCGGUUAGACUGUGCCACCAACGCGACCUUCUCGCGUCUGCGUCUCUAGUGUAAUACGUUUACGGACAAGCAAAAACUUUGUUUCGUACAACCUGUCGAAAUGUAUGAGGCACAGGACGUGGGCUGCUCGAGCUGUUUGUAUAAAAAUUAUCACUGCCUUCUCUUCGUUUAAAAGCCAGAUCCUUUGGGUUGUAACUCUUUCGAGAACGUAGCUUAUUGUGGUAGCGGAAAUGCCUAUUUGUUCUGUGUCUGUGCAUCUCAGUAAGAUUGUGAUGCGCACUUUUGUUGUCUUCUUCUUUUUUUAAUUCUUCUACGUCUGGCAGACAGAGAGCCAUAUUUACGCGAGAUUUAUAGAGCCAACACACAUUACACACGAAAAGAGUGUCGAUUUGAGAAAUGAGCGCCUGGUGAAAUGCGCCACCGGCGACGUACGUAGAUGGCAGUGAUGCUUGUGUACAAAAAACAACCUACGAAUGAAUGUGCUCUGAAUGUGUGUGUAUGACUGUACAUACGAAGCGGAGAUUUAAAAAAAAAAUUCACUACGCAAUAAAAGAACGGAACAAAGAA